AUGGACACUACACCGCAGCUCGCCCUCUGGCUCAUCAAGUCGCUCAACGAGGACACCAUAUUCGUCAAGCUUGCAAGCAAGGCAGAAGGCAGCGAGGAUGAGGACGACUUCGAAGGCAUCCUUUCCCCGCUGCCGACCACGGUUGAUCUGCAGAUGCCAAAUACCCCGGUGAAGAAAAGGAAGACCUUUACACCUAUCCACUCGCCGGUGGCGUCUGACGCUGACUUUUCAUCCCUCUCCGACUCGGACUUCUCCUCCCUCUCGGAAGCAGAGACGGGGAAGUACGACCACGUCCUGAUCCACGGGGUCGUCGAUCCAGCGUCCCUGCCCGCCUUUACCGAAUUCCUCAUCGAGAUGAGCAACUACAUCGUCGCCCCGAAGAACGAGCACAGCGAUGCGGUGCAGAGGGUGGCGUUCUACGGCUUCGGUGACAUCCACUUCCGCGUCUCGGUCUUCCGCCUGCUGCAGGCGUGCUUCAUGGCAGAGUGGUACUGGUCCUCCGAAGUGGUGCCGCACCGUUGGGAGAUGCUCGUCCACAUCCCCACAAGGCACAACAUCACGGCCGCCCAGCUCGAGCGCUUCUGCUCCUUCUGCCGCAACGGGGUCAGCUGCGACGUCAUCGAGCGCGGCAUCAACAACGGGCUCGUCGUCUUCCUCGACCGCAUCGACAAGGGCAAGAACCACGCGGGCUGGAUGCGGCACCGCCUGCGCAUCGCCUGCGACCGGCACAGGGAGCGGAUGCGCAUGCAAGAAGAGCGGGACAGGAUACGGAGCGAGACGGGCAUGGAGUUCACCACCAGCAACAUGCUUUACUUCUACCACGAGUGGCAGAACACCCGCAUCGACCUGCAGGCGUCCAGGGAGAUGCACCAGAACUCAGAAGAGAGAAUUAACCUCCUCCUCCGCAGGAUCCAGGAAGAGACCAACCUCAUCACCAACCUCUGCGACAUGGUCGUGAGCAUCACCGAGCACAUGCACGAGGACGUGCGCAACCAAACUCUGAACGACCUCAACAUUCGCAUUUCCAGGAUCAACACAAUCAACCGCCAGAUCGCUAACACCUCCUCCAACCUCCGCACCGUCUCCUCGUCCAUUCCCCACGGCAGCACCAUGGCUUCCGCCCUUGACCGCCUCCUCAUUGUUGUCGGAUCGGACGAGGACGACGGGAUGGUCUUUCAGUAA